GGUCUAGUAUACAGCAAGAAUCUGCACCUCAUUUAAAAGCUAUGUACAGUGGGAUCUUUGUCUGCCUGUUCCUGGCUGUGCUGUCCAUGAGCUCCUCUGGACAGCAAGCAUCAGGGUCUCACAAUGCCAAUUCCGUGGUCACCGAUCUUGAGCAGAGUUUGCUAGAAAAGCACCGGCAAGCACGUACCCCAGCCUCUGGGAAAGGUAACCAGCAGGUGGAAGGCAGCAUUGACCAAAAAGCCAACCUUGGAGCUCUGUUAGCCAAGUAUCUCCAGCAAAGCCGAAGAGGUACUAAUGGAAAGGUCUCUGCGAUGGGAUUACAGAGUUUUGACCCUACACACAGGAUAAGAGACAGAGACUACAUGGGCUGGAUGGAUUUUGGACGCCGCAGUGCUGAAGAAUAUGAGUACUCUUCUUAAAGAAUAUCAAACUAUGUUUAAAGAAAUGAAAAUCAAGUCCUAUUUCUGUACAGAAAGAAAUUGUCAUCCUUUUCAAAUCAGUGUUUUAAAAAAAACAUAUGUACUUGAUGUAAAUUUGUCUGCAAAACUAUACAAUGCAAUAUAUAUUAUAUAAACAUAUGCAGAAUUUUCAAGAAAAAAUAUUCUCUUUCUCCUAUAGUUUCUUAGCACUCAUUGUAGACAUAUUAAAAGUAUUUCGCUCAUCCUUCAGUUGUCUUAUCACCACAAGUAUUGCUGCGUGUUGCGAUCCACUGCCGAAGGAAAAUGCUUUCAGAUCUGCCAAACACUAUUUGUUAAUCUGAAUAACUUCCAAAGAAGUGCAUUUUAAAAAAUAAUAAAGAAAGGGUGUUGUAGGCAAUGGAUUUGAUUCAGACAUAGUCAUACUGAGAAUAGAACCAUUGUAAGCAAUGGGAAUUAGACAUGACUAGCUUUGUUCCCAUUGAUUUAAAUGGGUCUACCUUAUGUUUGGAUCCUACCCAAUAAGUUCCGAUAUCAGCAUGGUAGAAGAGCUUUCCUAUGAAAAGCAUUUUCAUGGU